UCAAGCAUUUCUAGAAAAUAAAUACAAAUCAAACUAGCUGCUAAGAAACAUUUCAAUAAAUACUAAAGUCGAUGACCGAAUUAGUCACCUUCAAAAAUAAAACAACCUUUGGUACGAAUAUAUUGUAAAAUGAGUCCUUAGAACGUAAUUCGUAUGUCUGACAUUGACUGCGAGAACCUUUCGCAUUGAAAGAGUCCUAAUAAAUCGAUGGAUGUCCCGAAGGCGUUACCUUGGUAACCAAACGUACUUUAAAUCGCCAAAGCCAAAUGAAAAUUGUUAGCAUUAUAUUGUUUUUUUUUGUAGCUGCGAGCGAAUACGACAUGGGAAUGCUUAAUAAUUUGGCAGAUUUAAUCAAAGUGAAGAAGGAUAAAAUGACAAUAUUGGUGCUGGGCCUAAAUAACAGUGGCAAAUCGACAAUAGUGAAUCACUUCAAGAAAUCAAAUGAACAGUCUGCAAUAAUGGUGCCAACAGUUGGCUUUCUGGUCGAACAAUUUUACACCAUGGGCGUGAGUAUAAAGGCCAUGGAUAUGUCCGGCGCUACACGCUACAGAAACCUGUGGGAACAUCAGUUCAAGAACUGUCAAGGCAUUAUUUACGUUAUUGACUCUAGUGACAGAAUGCGAUUCGUUGUUGUUAAAGACGAACUGGAUCUGGUGCUACAGCAUCCAGAUCUUUGCAAUCGCACAGUGCCCAUACUAUUCUAUGGCAACAAAUCAGAUCUCGAGGAUUCGCUGUCCAAUGUCAAAAUUGCAGCAGGUAUGUUGCUUAGCUGUGUACAAAUGGAUUUGAUGCUCAAUUCAACACGAUUCAUUUUAGCCUUGGGACUGGAUAAUAUCAAGGACAAACCAUGGCACAUCUGCUCCAGCAACGCCAUCUCUGGUGAAGGCUUGGACGAGGGAGUUCAGUGGUUGGUGCAACAAAUUCGCUUCGCAGUGCUAAGCCAUAGAAAAGGCAGCAAGUCCAAGCAUAACGCCAAGAGCAAUAAAUAAAAUACUUAAUGUUUGUGUAAACUUUCAACUUAAACUUGUAGUUUUUCAUUAAUUUUGACCGAUGCGCCGGCGGCUUUAUUAUAGAAUUCAUCUUAUAAAAACACCCAGUUGAAUGUGAGCUUAUUUCUUGCUGUUCAGGAUGAUACCAUCGUAUUUCUGUUGGAACCAUUUCAUGGCAUCCUCCUUCGUCAGACGGUGAGGGAAGCCAACGGUGCCGGACUUGCGUUUCCUGUGCGCCACGUUGUAUCCUAAAAAGCACAUAAAGAUGUAUUAAUAAAGGUGGAUUAACAUCAAUAGAAUUAAGCAUUGAAAGAGAAACUGUCGACUUGGUACCGUUUAAAUUCACAUGCAAGCGAAUUUAUUUAAGCACCACUUCUUUGCUUUGCGCACAGUUACUGAGCAUCAAUUUCGUGUUGGAAAAAGAUACCUAAUUAAAUGCACAAUUGUUGUGAUUGUAUCAAUUCAUAUGCUUACCUGGACGGCCCAGAACGACGUAGAAGUCCAGACCAUAGAUACCGAUUGAGGGAUCGUACUUGAUACCCAAAUCAAUGUGUUCCUGGAUGCCAAA